GAAGCAAAAUUUUUAACCGGUAGACGGCGCUAUCACGAUGAGGGCGCAACGAGUGUACACGAAACUUCCUUUUGGUACGUGGAAGUCGUGGAACAUUCAAAGGCAGUGUUUCGGAAAGGAGUUUUAUUAUAUUUAUUGGUAAUAUGGGGUUUGUAAAGGUUGUUAAAAAUAAACAGUACUUCAAACGUUAUCAAGUUAAGUUCAGAAGGCGACGCGAAGGAAAGACAGAUUAUUAUGCACGUAAACGAUUAACUAUUCAGGAUAAAAAUAAAUAUAAUACUCCUAAAUACAGAUUAAUUGUACGUCUAUCAAAUAAGGAUAUUACCUGUCAGGUUGCAUAUUCAAGGAUUGAAGGAGAUAAAAUUGUAUGUGCAGCAUACAGUCAUGAACUUCCAAAAUAUGGCAUUAAAGUUGGACUUACAAAUUAUGCUUCUGCAUAUUGUACAGGCCUUCUUUUAGCACGAAGAUUAUUGAAAAAAUUAAGCCUAGAUACCUUGUACACUGGAACAACAGAAGUAACUGGCGAUGAAUAUAACGUUGAAGAAUUAGACGAAGGUCCUGGGGCAUUCAGAUGUUACUUAGAUACUGGUCUAAUGCGUACAACUACUGGUGCUAGAGUUUUUGGCGCCAUGAAAGGUGCUGUUGAUGGUGGUCUGAAUAUUCCACAUAGCACCAAGAGAUUUCCUGGGUAUGAUAGUGAAUCAAAAUCUUUCAAUGCUGAUGUUCAUCGACAGCACAUAUUUGGACAACAUGUUGCAAACUACAUGAGAACAUUAGAAGAAGAAGAUGAUGAUGCUUUUAAACGACAAUUUUCACAGUACAUCAAAAAUGGUAUUACUGCUGAUAGUAUUGAGGGUAUUUAUAAGAGCGCCCAUGAAGCUAUACGUGCAAAUCCAGAACACACAAAGAUCGUUAAAGAAAAAAUACCGGUGAAAAAGCGAUGGAAUCGCCGCAAACUUUCUUUGGCAGAAAGGAAAAACUGUGUUGCUCAAAGAAAAGCUAAUUUCCUCAAAAAACUGGCGGAAGUAGAAGCUUAGUUUUAUUGUCAACUUUCUGCAUCAAGAACAAUGUUCAUGUAUACACGAAGAAUGUUUUGGUAUAAAAAUAAAAUAUGUACACUGGAAA